AUGCAGGUGAUAACAUGCGCGCUGUUGACGCUCGUCACUCUGCCCAUCAGCGGCGCGUCGGAGGCUGCUGACUCCUGCCCUGCUGUGUGCGAGUGCAUGGAGUGGGAGACUCACACCAUCUCCUGCCUUGACAUUGAUAUUCUCCCCAGGUUUCCAGCAAGCACGGAGACACUAUUGCUUUUAGAGACGCGCCUGACAUCCGUGCCAGCGGACGCCUUCGCCAACAUGGUCAACAUCUCAAGGAUAUAUAUAUCGGUGGAUAUGACGCUGCAGAGGUUGGAGAGGCACUCGUUCCACAGCCUGAGGAAAAUCACCCACAUAGAGAUUCGUAAUGCAAAAACUCUGACCUACGUCGACCCAGAAGCCUUUAAAAAUCUCCCAAACCUAAAAUACCUGGGGAUUUUCAACACUGGCCUUUCUUCCUUCCCCGACCUGAGCAACAUCCACUCUAGUGACAUAAACUUCAUGCUGGAAAUUGUUGAUCAUCCCUACAUCACUGAGAUACCAGCCAACUCAUUCCACGGCAUCACCAGCAACGUGCUGACAGUGAUGCUGUAUGGAAACGGCUUCAGAGAAAUACAACAUCACGCCUUCAAUGGGACCAAGCUCGAUCAAGUAGACCUGCACAGGAACAAGUAUCUCACCAAGGUGGAUGAAAGGGCUUUCGCGGGCACCGUCAGCGGCCCCAUGCUUCUAGACGUGUCCCAAACCAGGAUCACCUCCCUGCCGACCACAGGUAUGGAUUCUCUACGGGAGCUGAAGGCACGCGAUGCCUGGGCCCUCAAGAAACUGCCGCCCAUCAAGACCUUCAAGCACCUCACCAUCGCCAACCUCACCUACCCCAGUCACUGCUGCGGCUUCAAAAACCUCAAAAAGAAACGAGUUUUCUGGGAGUACAUCAUCUGUAACCUGACUUUCUCUGACCAGCAUCACAAGCGCUCUGUGGGGCCCCUCGGUAUGCCUUCCCUCCAAGGCGACAGCGUGAUGGAAACAAUCCCAGACCAGGAGCCAAAUGAUGGAAGCCACAGAGAGUCCCAUCAAGACUGGAGGAGAGGUGACUUUCAUGGCAGCCUCCACUACCAUGCCUACUUCUGGGGCCAGCCAGAUGAGGAUGUGGGUUUCGGAGAGACCCUCAAGAACCCCCAGGAGGACACCAGCCAAGACUUUGAGAGCCGAUACGAUUAUGUGGUGUGUGAGGAGGGAGAGGAGGUGGCGUGUGCACCAGUGCCCGAUGAGUUCAAUCCCUGUGAGGACAUAAUGGGUUUUGGCUUCCUGCGAGUGUCUGUGUGGUUUGUGAGUCUGCUGGCUGUUCUGGGAAACGUGGUGGUGCUCCUGGUGCUGCUCACCAGCCACUACAAGCUCUCCGUCUCCCGCUUCCUAAUGUGUCACCUGGCCUUUGCAGAUCUGUGCAUGGGGAUUUAUCUGCUGCUCAUUGCUUCUGUAGACCUCCACACACGAGCUGAGUACUUCAACCACGCCAUAGACUGGCAGACAGGCCCUGGCUGUGGACUGGCAGGGUUUUUUACAGUCUUUGCGAGUGAGCUGUCUGUCUACACCUUGACGGUGAUCACUCUGGAGAGGUGGUACGCCAUCACUUUUGCUAUGCGGCUGGAUCGUAAACUUCGUCUGCACCAUGCCGCAGCCGUGAUGCUCGGUGGCUGGAUCUUCUGCCUUCUCCUCGCUCUGCUCCCACUGGUUGGGGUGAGCAGUUACCAGAAGGUCAGCAUCUGCCUUCCAAUGGACACCACGUCCACAGUGGCUCAGGUCUACAUCUUGUCAGUGCUGGUGCUCAACAUCUUGGCCUUUCUUGUUAUCUGUGCUUGCUACUUCAAGAUCUACUGCGCAGUGCACAACCCUCAUUACCGCUCUGGAUCCAAGGAUACCAACAUUGCCAAGCGCAUGGCUGUCCUCAUUUUUACUGACUUCCUGUGUAUGGCGCCGAUCUCCUUCUACGCCAUGUCAGCCGUGUUGGACCAGCCUCUCAUCACCGUCUCCAACUCCAAGAUUUUAUUGGUUCUCUUCUACCCACUCAAUUCCUGUGCCAACCCGUUCCUCUACGCUAUCUUCACUAAGGCCUUCAGGGGGGACAUAUUUAUCCUCCUCAGUAAGGUGGGCCUUUGUCAGCAGCGAGCACAGCUGUUCAGAGGCCAGACAGUCUCGUCAAAGGGCAGCAGCGGGACAUCUCAGGUCCGUAGAGACAAGGACAAGUUUAGAAAAGGUGGAAGCAGAGGUCAGGACGAGGUGCCCAUCCACCUGAAGAAGUGCUCCGGACAUACCUACCCUCAGGCAGUCUGCCAGAAGACAAACCCUGAGGAGAGCCAGAGCCUGAACACGUGAGCCAAACACCAGCUCGAGGUA